GUAACAAACUGCAUACUGCAUAAUGCAGUUUACCGAUUAGAUUCAUCGUAAACGCGCAUGCGCAGGAAAUUAGUUUCAUUGUAGAUGUAUAGAUGGAGUGGCAGUUCUCUUUCUCUCUCUCUCUCUGUCUCUGUCUGUUCUUUACUUGCAGUGAAUAUAUGCAAUUGUUAUUUUCUGUGCUUCGUAUAAUUAAUUAAGUGUUAAUUAAGUGUUGAAUAAUUAAUAUUAAAUCAUGUCUACGACAAACGAAGAUGAUCCUUAUGCAUAUGCUGCAAAAGGACCUCUCAAAUUAAAAAUCGAUCAGAGUGUGAGCAAAAAGAAAAAGAAAAAAGAUAGCCAAAAUAAAAAACUAGCAGAGAUAGCAAGUAAAAUCGAAGAGGAGAAACCACAGAAUGUUGAAAUAAAACGUACGAAGGCAGAAAUAGCUUUCCAAAAGAUGCAAGAAAAAAUGCAAAAUGAGAGAAUAAAACAGAAAGCUUCUAUGACCCACAAGCAACGCGUUGAAGAAUUUAAUAGACAUUUAGAUAGUUUGACAGAACACUUCGAUAUACCGAAAGUCAGUUGGACCAAGUAAGGGCAUCGUUUGUUUAAGAGUAUAAACAUUUUUAUUUAUUUAGAUUAUAAAUAACAAUCUGUGUGAUAGUUUAAAGAAUAAGAGAGACAUGGUAUAAGCUCAUUAAUAAUUCUUAUAUUUUUAAUAAACAAAUUAUAGUUUCAUAUA